AUGGUGCCGCGAUGGCUCGUUCCCUUCCUCCUUUUCAGGUUAUGCCUUGGAGACAACAGUACAGGCACAAACAAGUACAAAUGGGUCGCCAAUAACGGCUAUUGGACAGACGAUCACAAGCCAUGUGCUGACGAGUGGAUUUCAAAAUGUUACGAGCCUGACGAAGGUGAUAUGAUUUCACUGCUUUGCAAAUGCGGUCUAGGCAGCGAGGAAGAUCAAUUCGUUAUUUCUUUCGCGCAAUGUUUAGGCGACCAGGUACCUGACAAGGUCAAGGUCGAGAACGGUUACUUGGGAUUGCAGGCGGACUGUAUGGAAGGCGGUCUGGGUCUCAACAUGACGCGAAAUGAAUUUAUGCGAAUUGCGGAGGGAGGCGAGCCACACCCAACAGCUUCGUCAGGACCAUCAACUGGUGCAAUCGCUGGUAUCGCCGUUGGUGCUGUCGCGGGAGGCGCAAUAGUCGCUGGACUUUUUAUAUGGAUUUGGUUGACACGUCGCAAGAAGAACGGGAGCAAACUGGAGUCUAACCCACCCAAUUCGCCAACGCCUGACAAAGCAUGGGGAGCAGAGUUCAAACCUGAGUGGACUGCCAACGCGCCGGUCGAGUUGCCCCCAACCAACUAUGCUGCAGCUGAGUUGCCGCCAGAGUCUGCACCUAUAUACGAGAUGGAUGCGAUGCCGACGAAACCUGUGGAGGUGCAAGGAUCGAUACCAGGAGAUAUGACGAAGGAGGAGGUAAAGUUGGAGAAGGAUAAUUGA